AUUGAUUUGUUUGGAUGCGCAGCGCGCUAUAAAUUCACAUUCGAAUUUUAUUUACCAUGGAAUUGUAUUUGAUUUGAAAGGAAUUUUGUUCUGUGAAGUAUUUUUAAUCAUGAAUAUCGAACAAUGAAUUUUGGGUCCGUCAUUCAAGAUAACCUAGGAAUUCCCUUAAAUUAUAUUAAAAUAUAUUCUGAAGAUAAAGCGUUAUGCUUGAUUCAUAUUAAUUGGCUAAAGUUCAUUAUUAAUGGUUUGAAGAUCCCUCCUGAACUUCUUGAGGAAGAUGUGGCAGAUGAAAAUUUAGUAAACUUUUUUUCGUCCUCUAAUGAUAUUCAGCUUAAUUCUGAAUGGCAAUUACUAAGCAUAUUCCUUUGGAAGAAAAGAGAUGGGAAAGUAUUCAGGUUCUUGAAGCCACAUGAAAAAUCUCCUUUAUCUACUAUUUCUUUAACAUAUGCUCAACUUAUUCAUUAUGUUACCAAAACUAACUACAAAAAUCUAUGGGAGCAAGCAUGGAAAAAAUAUCAUGUAUCUGAAGGAAUUAAGAAAAACAAAAAUAAACAGAAAUACAAUGACGCGUUGCAAGAGCUUUUGCAUCGACUAUAUAAAACAGAAAGGAUUGAGAGAGAGGAUGGAACAAUAAUUCAUGUUUGCAACCAGAAAACAAAUCUGCUUGAUGAAACUGAAGAUGCAGUUAAUCCAAAUCUUCUUCAAAUGCACUGUGCUGUAGAAACAACAGAAUGCUUUUUGUUGGUGUGUGAGCAUAUUACUUGCACAUUAAGCGACUGUUUGAUGUUCAGUCCUCACCUUUUAGCUGCAUCUACUGUUCAUCCUUUGUUUGUGGUAUAUCAACUUUUGCAAGUUUUACGGUCGAUUCAUAAUUCUGGAUUGUUCUUGGGACCAGUAACAUUAUCCUCUAUAAAUGUGAAAGAAAAUUUAUGGAUUAAAAUUUUACCUGUGACAUGGAAAUGCUUACAUCAUGAAGCUUGGAAAUAUCCUGCUGAGAAACAUUCUGCUUUGUCUCAUAAGCAGUCAGUGACUGGAAUUAGUUGUGCUGCUAAAGUAUCUAAUUCUCAAGUUACUCCAAUUGACCCCCAAGUUUCUGAGCAUUCCUCCCAGGUGCAAGAAAGUGGAGAUAAACUUUAUUUGUCUGAAUUGGUACAGGGUUGGGUAGAUGGUUAUAUUAGUAAUUUCGACUACCUCAUAUCAUUGAACAAGCUUGCUGGCAGGCAGAAAGAUAAUCCAAAAUGCCAUUAUGUUAUGCCUUGGAUAAUGGAUUUCUCUGUACCAGAAGGUGGUUGGAGAGAUUUGUCUAAGUCAAAAUUCAGACUAAACAAAGGUGAUAAACAAUUAGAUUUGAUUUAUGAAUCAGCUGUUGAAGCUAGUGGAGCAAAUGUUUCGUAUAAUUCCACAAAUAUACUCCAAGAUUCUGCUAUCACUGUCCCUCACCACACUUCAGAAGUUCUAUCAGAUAUUACAUAUUAUGUUUAUAAAGCUCGUAGAAUGCCUAAAUCAUUUCUUUGCAAACAUGUUCGCCAGAAAUGGGUUCCAGCAGAGUAUCCUGCAACAAUAGAGCGUCUCCAGGAAUGGACUCCAGAUGAAUGUAUACCGGAAUUUUAUUCUGAUCCUACAAUAUUUUAUUCUAUCCAUCCAGAUUUAAAUGAUCUUGGUGUUCCCUGGUGGUGUGAUUCACCAGAAGAUUUUAUUAAAAAACACCGUAAUGCUUUAGAAGGAUAUCAUGUUUCGGAAAGACUUCAUCAAUGGAUUGAUUUAGUAUUUGGGUACAAACUUAUAGGUCCAUCAGCUGUAAAAUCAAAAAAUGUAUGCCUGCCUCUGGUUGAUUGCCACACCUAUAUCCGUAAUCAUGGAAUGAUUCAACUGUUUUCUCAUCCGCAUCCUCAUAAACUUAGUAAAUCUAUAUUUUCAAGGAGUGUUGCACCAAAAACAUUCCGUAGUAUAGUUUUAAAACCACAAGAUGCAAAAGAUAGUGGAGAUGAUGAGACGUCAUCAGAAAGUUUUGGAAAACAAGGAUUUUUAAAAGGAUUUCGGUCUAAAACUGUUGUGUCAUCUACUGAUGUGAAUCGUCCUGAACCUCGGCCGGAAAAUCAAACCAUAGUGCUACCAAAAGAUUUUAAUCCUCUGUCUACUCUAUCUCAUUACGAGUCUCUCUUCACGUUUCAAUCAUGGACUGGAAAAAGAAAUUCUGAAUAUGAUAAAAAUAAAGAUUGUAUGAAUGUUAAUGAUAUAUCCACACAUCAGUAUCAAGUUAAAGACAUGCUGGUUCUUGGUUGUCUUAUUAGUGAAAUUGCAGUUUCAUCUCAAUGCAAAACUUUGCCUCCCAGUGUAUCUUUUCAGGAAAGAUAUUGUAAUAUUUUGAAACUUCUGCGCUUGUAUAAACAAGAUAUUCCAAAGUCGUUUCAAAACGCAAUUCAACUUUUGUUGCAAGUAUCUCCAUCCUAUGAUCAACAGUUGGAAGAAAUGCUUUCUGUUCCAUACCGUUAUCCUCCUAUAUCAACAUCUGGCCUUCCACUCCCGUCACCUCACCAGUUACUUCUACCUCAUAUCCGUACUAUUCCAUUUCCAAAUUACUUUCCAGAUUUGUACAUGUUUCUUCUCACUUUGAAUAAGUUUUCUGAUGAUAUAAAAGUCUUAUCUGAACGACAUGAUGAAAAUACUGAUAUCCAAAAAGAAAUAGAGAGUCUUGCGGAGAAAAAGGUUUGCUAUGCUGCGAAACAGUUGCAAAAUCUUUUGCCUGCAUUAAAUACCGAAGGUAUUGAGCUCUUAACACCGUAUCUUCAAGAAAUGUUUGAAAAUCAGCAUACAGCAUUACUUUCUACAUGGCAUAUGUUUGGAUUAGUUUCUCAAGCCUUAGGUCCUCAACAAACCUGCAAAAGAUUGUUAACACUAUUGACUAAAGUACUUGACACAGAUAAGCAUUCGCCUAAACAUCUCAAACUUUAUCAUCGUUCAUUUAUUUUACAGAUCAUUAUAGGAUUAGGAUUACAUAAUUUUUUAAUUCACUUUACAACUAUACUUAUAGAAGCUAUUGGAGGUUGCAAAGAUUAUUCAUCAAAUGAUACAGAAAGUGAAAGUGUUCUUGAAAAAGAACAAGAGACGCAACAAAUUUCAAACUCUGAUGAAUACUUUCCUGAAAAUGAAAUGUUUGAGGGAUCAUUACAUCGAAAAUUGAGUUUAUCAGAAGAAAAUUUAGAGAUGCAGCAGGAAAUUGCCAACGAUGAAGAUAAUGAAAUUUUUGACUUGGAUAUAAGAGAUGAAGAGAUGUUAAAGGACUCCGACUGCAAUGAAACGUUGGAUCAAAGUAGCAAUUUAAAAGACAAGAAUGAUAUGGAUAAAGAUAUUCAAAAUAGAUCUUCGUUUUUCAUACCUUGCAAUCAAAUGUCUGAAAAGGAAAACAGCGAAAAAACUUCCUCCGAUUUAUGGAAUGCACGUCAUGAUUCGAAUUAUUCACAGUCAGCUCCUAAUUUAUCAUCAUUCUCAGACUGGAUGAAUUGUGAAGACGAUAAAUUAGAUUAUCCUGGUUCUCCUGAAAAAAUUAGAGUAGAGUCAUUAUUAAAAGUUAAUGAAAAUAUAACUGAUUCUAGCCCUAAUGAAAGUAUUUUUCAUCAGGAUUUGAAUGUAUCUGAUGUUUCUGCUGAAAGUAUGAUAUGGCUAGCUCACAGACUUGGACCUGUUUUAUCUGCUAGAUACCUCACACGCAAUUUAUUGCGUAUGCUUACUUUGUGUUAUGAUAGUAGUGAAAAACGCGAAAUUGUGUACCUUCCUCCUGGGAGUAAAGAAGCAAUAAUGCUUAGUAUUAGUUGUCGAUGGUUGAAGGGAGAUAUUAACGCUUUUAAAGUGUUGGACUGUUUAUCCCGUAUUGCAUCUCUUUAUGGCGAACACUUUAUAAUGAUUCAGUAUAUAAAGCAUAUUUCUGACCUGUUACAUUUAUGUCGGAAGAAAAUCCCUGCUUCUCUUGAAUCUGGGUUGCUUGGAGCCAUGGCACUGCUGCAGCAUAUUAUUCCUUACAUAUCUGAUACUACACUUAUGGAUCAUUUGCAGGAUCUGUUCGUCAAAGAUAUUUUGCACAUAGUAUUACGUCUGAUAUCUUCUUCACGGCUAGUAUAUCCUGGAGCUGGAAAUUCUCGUGCUAUGGUAGCUUUUCGAAUUUUGGACGUUAUUUAUACAAUCGGAUUAAGAAUUGGUUUUGAAAUGACACGAAAGCAUCUCUCUGGAAUUCUUCAGAAAUUUUUUUCCUGUUUUGACAAAGUGUAUGACGAAAAAGGGGAUUACAAAGAUUUAUCUGACGUUGCAGAAUCUGCUUUAAUAUCUGGUUGUUGUCCUCUUAAACACCAGGCUUUAACAGAAAUGCGGCAGACCUUUACUCCUGAAAUGGCUUUUCUUUCUUAUAUACCAUUCUGCAAGUUAGCUGGAGGGUUUCAUAUGGAACGUACUUUAAAGAACGAUGCCCUGAUCAGAAACCUUUGCUUACAACAUGAUAAAAAUACAGCUCUCACUAAGUCACAGCAACAGUUAUCUGAAACAGCUGGUGCUGGCAUGCCUCAUACUUCACAUAAUCGAAAUCAGUCUUUAGGGCAAGAUGAGUCUUUUGUUAGCGGUGUCUUUGGGAAAAAUGUGAACGUUAUUGGAAACAGACUUGAUGUCCAUUUGGGUGAAGAUAGUCAGUUAGUUAUGGCAAUGGGACAGCCAGUGAUACCAGUAAAUCCAAGUAAUACUGUGCCUUCAACUAAUUUACCAAAAUUUGAUAUAAAUUUAAUUAAAAGGAAAAUGGACAACUGCCAGAGACAUUUGAAAGGAAAUUGGCUUGCAUAUUGGGAACAUGAAACCGGCAGAAGUGAAAAGGAUUAUCAUUUCGAUUUCAAGCAAAUAAAACUUCAGACAUUUAUAGGUCAUACUGGCGCUGUAAGAUGUAUCGAAGUUCUUGAUAAUGAAAACUCAUUUCUCACAAGUAGUAAAGAUAAAACUGUCAAACUAUGGUCUCUUCGGAGCUGUGGAGAUGGUUCUUCACAUAUUCCUUGUCAGUGGACAUACACACAACAUCGAAAAUCAGUAUUUGCCGUUUCAUUUUUAAAAUCUCUUCGUCUUGUUGGAUCUUGUGAUAGCACAGUUCAUAUAUGGGAUCCAUUUAUGGGCUCUUGUAUAAAACAACUAGAACCUACCAAAGGAAGUCCUAUCACUGUUCUUGAAGCUAUGCCCGCACCAAGUAUGACAUUUUUAGCUGCGACUACCAAUUCAACUGUUAGAUUUUUAGAUGCACGUACUUGUAAAUACAUGCAUGAAUUCAAAGUGAAUGUUGGAACCACUGGUCUCAUCCGAUCUUUGGCAGUCAGUCCAAAUGGGUAUUGGCUAGCAGUGGGACAUUCAACUGGUAUGUUAUCUGUUCUAGAUGUUCGUACAGGUCUUGUGAUCGGUACAUGGCUUGGGCAUGAAGGAGAAGUUUUGCAGUUAAAGGCGUUUAAUAAUUCAUAUUUCGUUACAUCAUCUCUUGACCAUUCUCUGACUGUUUGGGAGUUUGAAGACACUCAGGCUAAGUGCAGUCUGAAAGGACCUAUGGAACCAGUGACAAGCAUUUGCUUCUAUGGAAAUGAAGUUAUAUCUGGCACGUCUGGGAACAGAAUUGGUCUACAUUCGUCUACAGAUAAAAAUGCCGUAUACACAAGUACUAGAUUGCGUUCCGAUACUUUUAAAGGUGUGCUAACAACAAUGGCUCUUCUUCCCCUAAAUAGGCUUCUUUUGUUAGGCACUGAUAAUGGAAAUGUUGUUCUUUUAUCUUAGUACUUCUUACUGUUAUUUAUUGUUGUAAAAUAUGACAAUUCUAUAAUGAUAAAUUUAUCAACUGUGGGCAAGUAUUUUAUACAUUGAGAAAGAUUUACCAUAUAUUAUAUUAAUAAUGUAGAAAAUGUUUUCAGACAUGCUACGAUACCAUCUGAAGAUAUAUGAUGUAGAGAAUAUUUACGAAAGCAAUAUUUACCAGUUAUAUAUCUGUAUAUUAUAAACAUAUGUAAAUUUUGCUUUUAGUUGUGAAACUCAUCCAAACCCUGUGAUAAUAUUUAUUUAUUUAUGAUCCUGUUCUGUAUAAAAUAUAGCUAUGCAGUUUAAGAAUUUAUUUUUUAAUAUUAAAUUGAAAAGAUUUUCAAAUCUCGUAAGAAUUGACUGAAUAAUUAUUUGUAAAACCGCAUCCAAUGAAUUGUAUAGAAAACAUUUUCUAGUUGCUGAAUUUUGCUAUGCGUUAUUUCAUAAUAAAGGUUUUUGUUAUAUUUUA